GCAUGGCAGUCAUGUCGGCGCUGGGCUCUGGGCGUCCAGUGCUCAUGUAGUGAGGAUUCAGUCAGCGAUAAGACACUCUGCCAUUGUUAUACUCUGGUGUACAUCGGUUAAAGAGUAUGUGUUGAGGACAUACGGAGGUCGUUCGCUGCUGUGUUGGUUUACUCGGAGGUAAAGUGUCAUUUGGGACGAUGGCAUCACUGUCAGAAGAAGUGCUGCUGGUGGUGAAGAAGGUUCGCCAGAGGAAGCAGGAUGGAACCCUGUAUCUGAUGGCUGAACGCAUAGCCUGGGGUCCGGAGGGCAAGGACCGCUUCACCGUCAGCCACCUGUUUGCAGACAUCCGCUGCCAGAAGAUCAGCCCGGAUGGUAAAGCCAAAGUUCAGCUCCAGCUGGUGCUUCACACUGGCGAGAGCACCACAUUCCACUUUUCUAAUGACAGCAGUGCGAUCAAAGACCGAGACGCUGCGAAGGAGCUGCUGCAGCAGCUGCUGCCCAAGUUCAAGAAGAAAGCCAACAAGGAGCUGGAGGAGAAAAACAGGAUGCUUCAAGAGGAUCCUGUGCUUUUCCAGUUAUAUAAAGACCUAGUGAUGAGCCAGGUGAUCAGUGCGGAGGAAUUCUGGGCCAACAGGUUAGGGGGCGUAAACAACACAGACCCAGCGCUGUACAACAACAAACAGGAAGUCGGUAUAUCUGGAGCCUUUCUGGCAGACAUAAGACCUCAGACAGAUGGCUGCAAUGGCUUGAGAUAUAAUCUAACUGCUGAUAUUAUUGAAUCCAUCUUCAGAACGUACCCCGCAGUGAAACAGAAGUAUAGUGAAAAUGUGCCUCAUAACCUGACGGAGAAGGAGUUCUGGACCAGCUUUUUCCAGUCCCAUUAUUUUCACAGAGACCGCAUCAACACAGGAACACAGGAUAUUUUCUCUGAGUGUGCCAAGCAGGAUGAGUUGGGGUUAAAGUCGAUGGUGACUCAAGGAGUGAAGAAUCCUCUAGUCGACCUCCUGUCGUUAGAGGAUAAAUCAUUGGACGAGGGUUAUGGAGUUAGCACAACACUGGCCACAACUUCCAAUGCAAACCGGACGGUGAAGGAGAGCAGCAACUCUGCCAUUAUCAAGCGCUUCAACCAUCACAGUGCCAUGGUGCUGGCAGCAGGCUCAGGAAAGGGGGAGACACCAACAGACCCAGCGAGUGAGACAAGCAUCACAGAUGGAAACUCCAGGGAUUCUGACUUCUUUAAACCUCCUGUAAAGAAGAUUAAAUUACAAGAAGCGAUAGAAUAUGAUGAUCUCCAAGGGGAGAAACGACCAAAAACAGUCCCACUGAACCUUAAGAAGUCUGACAGGUACGCUCAUGGUCCAGUGCCACUUCAGUCCCAACAAUAUACAACUAGCCAGGAAAUCAUCAACUCUGUCAACUUCAUCCGCCAUGAAAUGGCCAAUUACAAACCCAGCCUCACUCAGGUGUUGUCCAGCACAGCAGCGACUUCUGCCAUCACUGCACUUUCUCCAGGUGGCGUCCUCAUGCAGGCAGGAACACAGCAAGCCAUAAAUCAGAUGAUACCCACUGAUGUUCAAGGAGAGUUGAAGCAUCUCUACGUAGCUGCUGGAGAGCUAUUAAGACACUUCUGGACCUGUUUUCCUGUAAACACUCCAUUUUUGGAAGAGAAGGUGACAAAAAUGAAGGCAAACCUGGAGAGAUUUCAGAUGACCAAACUUCGACCUUUUCAGGAGAAGAUUCAGCGCCAGUACUUAAGUACAAACCUCACAGGGCACUUGGAGGAGAUGCUGCAGACGGCCUACAACAAGUUCCACGCCUGGCAAACCCGUCGGAUGAUGAGGAAAACCUGAGGUCUGACAGCUUGUUGACAAAGAGGACAAGAAAGUCAUUAAAGUGUACGGACAUAUGACCUGUGAAGGUCCUGCAGCCUGCUGUGGGGAGCGCAGUCUGAUGUCCCUGUCCACUGGGAUUUAAAGAUGGGGAUGUAGAUGGACGCUGCCACAUCCCCAGAUGCACAACAGACUAAUUGCAUCUCAGUCACAAAAAAACUGUAAUUAGUUUCUUUAUCCUUAGUUUGUUUCCUCAGUGUUUGAGAGACUGGUGGUUGAACAUGACUUUUUAAAUGGGGUAACAUGACCAAACUGCAGAUGGAAAUGGUUAAAAAAGGCUCUCAGGACAACAAGCGGAGGUGUGAGAUGCAAGCGGAGGACUGCCAAAAGAGACGCAGAGGAGGGCUCGGACAUGAGGAGGAGCCCCUCUGUACGCCGGCUCGCUUUGUGGAAGAAAUUCUGAGGCAAAAAACAGGGGAAAGUUAAUAUAGCAAUACUGUAAAGACUUUUCACACUUGAGUGCAUUAAUGUGUGUAAGUGAACUCACACUGUCACUGGUUUGUAAUGUCUGCACCUUCCGUCUGCACUGGACACAAAUGUAAGUGAAUUAAACUGAAGCUUUUGUUUAUGUCUGAUCAAACUGCAAUAUUUCAUCAAUCCCCUGCACCUCCA